UUCCCUCACUACUCACUAGUAUUUCAUCUUUCUCAAUUUUUGUAACAAUGGAAAUGGUUGGAAAGAUUGCAUGCUUGGCUGUUCUGUGCAUGGUGGUGGUUGCAUCUCAUGCAGAGACAUUGACAUGCGGUCAGGUUCAAUCUGGUUUGGCACCCUGCCUCCCUUAUCUACAGGGCCGCGGCCCUCUUGGAGGCUGUUAUGGCGGAGUUAAAGGUCUUUUGGGUGCUGCCAAGACCCCAGCAGACCGCAAGACAGCAUGCACUUGCCUGAAAUCAGCUGCUAAUGCUAUCAAAGGCAUUGAUGCGAGCAAAGCUGCUGGUCUCCCUGGUGCUUGUGGCGUCAACAUUCCCUACAAGAUCAGCCCUUCCACUGACUGCUCCAAGGUCCAGUGAAGCUCAUAAAAGAUCAGUUUUCCACCGCGUGAUUUGGUAGUAGCGCAAUCAUGAGGAGAAGAAUAAGAUGAAUGGAGUGUGAUCCUGCUUAUGGAUCC